GCAAUGUGCCAUUAACCAAAAAUGCCCUCUUCUCCAAUUUGAACAAAUUCAUUUUACAAAGCCCUAGAAAAACCCCAAUUCACACCACCUAUACAUACACACACAAGUAUACAUACAUAUACACAGACUCAGAUGGAGAAGGCUCUGCUGACACUGGAGAAAGGCACAAUAAGCUCUGCUUGGAACUACUGUGGUCAAAGAUUUGCCACUGGCUCAGUCAAUGGCACCUUGACCAUCUUCGAUUCCGUUGACCCUUCUUCAUCUUCUUUCACCCUCACUUCUAAAUCCAAGGUUCAUGAUACUAGUAUUGUUAAAGUUGUGUGGGUUCCUCCGGAAUAUGGUGAUGCUGUUGCGUGCAUUUUUUCAGAUGGAGGAUUCUCCAUAUGGGAAGAGGUUGCAGAAGAUCCAGAACAUGUACAAUGGGUGUUGUGCAAAUCCUUUGAGGGGAAUUCCAAUCAAGCACAAGUAUUAGACAUUGAAUUCGGAGUCUUCCUUAACAGUUUGAAACUGAUCACGGCGUACUCUGAUGGUCUUGUUAAAGUGUUCGAGCUCCCAGAUCCGUUGGAUUUAAAGAAUUGGCAACUUCAGGCUGAAUUUCAAAAUGUUAUUGAUUCAGUUGCUAAAUUUGGGAAGGUGGUAAGCUUGUCUGCCUCUAUUUCUUGGAAUCCACAAAGAGGCGAACAACAAUCAAGCUUUGCUAUAGGGUUUAAUUCCGACAUUCCACUAUUAAAUUCCACUAAGGUUUGGGAAUUUGAUCUUGAUCAUCAGAGAUGGCUUCCAGUUGCUGAAUUAGCUCUGGCUAAUGACAAGGGUGAUCCAGUUUACACAGUUUCUUGGGCACCGAAUAUUGGCAGGCCGUAUGAGAUUGUAGCUACCGCCACCAACAAGGGUAUUGCAAUAUGGCAUAUUGGCGUGGACGCUAAUCAGGUGGGAAGGCUCUCAGUGGAGAAAGUAGCACUAUUGUCUGGUCAUGAGGGCGGGGCAUGGCAGAUGGAGUGGGAUAUGAGUGGGAUGACACUAGCAACUACCGGGGAUGAUGGAAGGGUUAGGUUGUGGCAGUCCAAUUUAAAUGGAGUUUGGCAUGAACAGGCUGCUAUUCAACCCACCACUUAGCAUAACUAUUAAGACACGAGAAGACAUUGUAAAAAUGCUGAUAAUUUGUAACAAUGUUUUGUCGGAAGGGGUGUUUGUAGAAGAAAUAGUAUGCCUACAUUUCAGUUUUAUUAC